UCAGUGUGGAGGCCCUGUCUAUGCCUGAAUAAAAAGCAAGGACAUCGGAAGAACAUUUCACAACACUGUUGAGAAGCAGCACGAUCAGCUCUCUGGUAGAUCAUGGGCCUCCAUUUUGGAAACUUGGCCAAAGUCAGGCAUGUAAUCACUUACAGUCUGUCCCCCUUUGAGCAGAAGGCUUUCCCCAACUACUUCUCCAAAGGAAUCCCUAAUGUGUGGAGAAGAUUCUCAGCCUCCUUCUUCAAAGUUGCCCCCCCAAUGAUCAUCAUGUACCUGACAUACACCUGGGGCAAUAGCGUCCAUCAGCAGAGCAAGAGGAAGAAUCCUGCUGACUACGCCAGCGAUGAAUAAAUCAGUGAAUCUCUGCCACCUUUCUGUCAGCCUCUUCUUAUUGAUUCCAUGUCUAUAUCUUUCAAUAAUAAAGUAAACAAAUAUUUAUGUGAAAUGAA